UACUGUUGAGAUUUGGCACAUGCCAUCUGCUCGUAAAUCGGCGAUCCGCUGAAGGAGUACGUUGCUCGUUGGCACUGGGUGCCAUCAGGCCGUAGACACUGGAUUGAUCAUCCUGAAUGUUAAUGUAAGAUCGGAGCUGUUGAACAGCUUGGAUAAAAGAGUCGACAGAGCGUCAUUGUGGAAUCGCAAGAAGAAGCAAUAGAGAUUCAUCGUGUACCAGGAUGCUGAGGAUGUUCUUUAUAGUAUUUGACGAGAGCGAAAAAUGCUUGAACUCAGCUCGAAGAAGAGGCUUGAGGUUAACAGAUGGAUUGGUCUUAUGUUAGCAAAGCUUGUCUUGGCUUCUAUUUAUAUUCUUUUCUUUUUUCACGCUUCCCUUCUUCUUCUUCUGCGUUUGCCACUUCGCUCGCACUACAGGAACCUCGCGCUGUUGCCGAUCCACCAAAGUGGCCAGAAAUUGAUAGAGAAUGGACGGGGAGCGGAAGUGCCUGUGGAGAAGUGGAAUGCGAUGCCUGAGGAAUUGUCGAGGAACCUGAAACUAGUUUCUAAGAGUCUAAGAUAACGGUUCGCUUCGAGACAGAUAGAUAAUUGCGAGCACGAAUGACGAUAGCGUUGUCAGAUAUUACUGAACAAUUGGGCAACCCGAUAUAACGCAAUUUGCCGUCGGUUUCGAUUGGCAAUUCUGCAAGUGUGUCGAGGGAUGGAGAAAUAGACUUGUGGCCAUGGAAAGCAGAGUGUCUAAAGAGUGACGACUGGAGUGAAAAUAUAUUCUACGUUGAGAUGCGUACAGUAGCCUGAAAAAUUAUUAUGGGAAUUCGAGUGUUACUCUGGUCCGAGUUAUCGUUAUUUUAAAUCCCCGGAGGCGGACCGUGACGAUUGUUACGUUAGUAACGCUUACGAACGGAGAAUCAACCGUUCGAGACCGGCGACCCACUGACAAGAGUGCCGGACGCCGGCGACGCUGCCGACGCCGAGCGCCUACGAGAAGUCACGAGCGGCAGCAGCACUUCGUCCUGGCACUUUGUCGCGAAUGGUGCGAGCUGCCUACAUACCCAGUGAAUCAAAAGUACAGCUUGUCGAUUUUAUUGGUAUAACACCAGAGUAACGCUUGAACGGUAUACCCUGUAUACGGUGUACUGGAUCAUCUGGACAUUUGAUCAAGUAUCGUGGAAAAAAUGUUGAGCACGUGGUGUAAAGGUCGGUCGUUGGCACGACUCUGACUUUUCGCGCCCGAUUCCCUGUCCAGCUCGCCGAAUGGAAACGGGCCUUUAAUUGGCGGAUUCUUAAAGGAGACCAGACGACCUCAAUUGACUCUUCUCGAGGAGUCUCAAGGAAAAUCGAGUAGAGACGCGGACGUCCACGUGCUCGAAGGGACCGUUCUACGUGUCGUGUAGUUACAUGAAGACAGAGACAGAGGGACGUAGGAUGAUUGCUGAAGAAGAGGAAAGAAGAAUAUGAAGAGAUGGAAGUGGGGAUGACGUCAUCGCAUUCAACUCGCGGAGUCUCCUGCUUACUCGGCGUAUCGUCGCAUGCACAGCACGGCGCUCGCGCGCGACAGUCGCGCCUUUAACGGACAAUGCAAACGCAGAGUGCGAUUGCAUUAUUAUAAUCGUCAGUAUAGAAAUGCGCUUACGCGCGUCAAUGGCUGCAGGAGGAAUCAAAUGAAAAUGCAUCGGGAGUCACGAAGAGGAAGUUAAUGAUAUUGAGAUAAAAAUAGUCGCCGCUUCCGACGCCUCCGUGCAAAUGAGCUGGAGACAUUCCUGCUUGCAGUCGCAAUCUUAAUUGACUUAGCCAUUAGCAGAUCUGUUCUCACUGGGGAACAAUAUCCGUCGAUGGGCAACCGUGUGAUAACGGGGCCUCACGGGUCCCCAUUUAUCUCCCCGAUUCACAGUAGUUAAUAUUAAGACCAUCACCGUCAGUGCUCCUCGCUCUUCCUCGGACAUUCAUCUACGCAUCCUCUUCCUUCAUUCUCUUGAUCCUCCACGAGUGGUCACGGACCUUGUAAGCCUUUUGGACGUUGACACGAGCAGCAGUCCCCGUUAAAAGACACGAGAGAGCUUGGGUCCUCGUAUCCCUCUGGCGGUCCGCAUACAUACCACACGAGUAAGGAUAGGGCCCAAAUACUUCCCAUGGCGUAUUGGGACAUACAGAGAAUAACCCUGACUUGGUAUGGGACCGAAGGGAUCUUUAGGGAUGAGAGGAACGGAGAACUGGCCGGCAGGAGAUGCCCAGAGCGUCUCUGGCGGGGAGAGAGACAAGUUAUGCCAGGACAGUCCUGUUGCUUAAGAGAUGGUUUGUCCUAUGUAUACCAGACAUUGCUGGUGGUUCUACUAGUAUUCUAUGCCCAGUACCCCUACCAGCAACAGAGAAUCUACCGUGCAGUGGGCCUCAAGGAAGUGGUGGUGGUGAAGAGAGGGGGGAGUAGGAAAACCUCGGUGGAGGGGGUCUUCAAGUCUACAGACUCGAAGUCGCACUCAGUAGCCGAUGCACUGUCGUUUUGAACGCGCUGUACUACGGCGUCCCUGUGAACGUCCUUGGCGUCCAGUCGAAAGGCCGCUGGAACAUUCGCGGGCCACGAGACUGUUGCCUUCCGUCUCUUGACUCUUGCGCCGAUCGUCGUCCAGCAUUUUUUUAAAGGUCGUUAACUGUAACUGCCUCGUGCCCCUCAUCCUGUGGCACCCCGUGACCCGUGACAGGGAUGCCUCUGCCGGAUUCCUGAGCGAAGGACCUUGGAGCAUGAAACUGUGAGAUACGUGAACUCGUGAUGGUGCUCGUGGACUCGACCGACGGGGAAUCUUCGACUUGAAUCUCGGCGUCUUACGAAAGUACCUUUGAUCUCGGCGUUACGACCAGUUCUGGCCAAGGUGAAACGUUCGAAAGGCGAGAUCUGGUGUGCGCCAACUGGUAAAAGCUGUACGAUGCGUGAGAACGAGUGAGAUGCUGAUAUGAUAGUCUCUGAUGGAUCGGAGCAAGAAGCACUGAGAUAGGAGUGCAGUUAGACUGAAGCAUACCUCGUGGCAGACACCACUGUCUGCCCGCGCUCUCCUGCAUCGUUGGUUCAACAAGUGGUCGGUGCAGCGCAUCAACAAGUAUUGAGAGACUGGUGGUGAAAUGAAAUUAUUGUGCUGGAAAUUACUUACUCGAUAUUCCUGUACUUACAGUAUUAAUACAACUGCUAUUUAGUCUGAGAUAUAAUCCUGCUUACUGGCAGAGUCUAUACCUAGCUCGAGUAGCUAGAAGUGCGCACUCGGAGAUUGUUGUCAAGAUUACCCUAGUGUUUUUAAGAUAUCCCAGGCAUAUAUCUGCAUACCUUGGUAGACUUAGGAAGUAAUACCAAGAGUUCAGAAGGAUUUUUAUGUCGAUUUAGACGUUAUCAGUCAUCCUAUUAUGAAGAACGAGGCAGUGUUCUGCAGUGAUUGGUGGAUUCCUAUUGUAUGGGUGGCCGUAGGCCUGAAUACGAGAUUAAAUGAGACUCGUGGUGCGCAAGGUGUUCUUCAGUGAGGAAUGGAAAGAACGACAGGAAUGUCGGUCAGUGGUGCUUGGAGAUUGGUCAUCCUCUGGACCAGUUGUAUGAUGGGGAACGAAGGAUCUUGAAACUGUGCAGUGUACUCGGGCACCUCCAGGACGAGGUCUACCUGGAGACAUAGAACGUACUCUGUUUAUAGUUCGGUUAACGUGAUCUCGAUUGAUUGGUUAAUUGAUGGAGUGGACGUAUAAUAAUUAGUGACGCUUAUUAAUAUCAUUACCAGCUUUGUGUCUGUGAAUUAUGACCCUCAGGAGGGUCUUUGAAUUUUACAAGAGUAUCGUAUAGUCCUUAGAGCGACCAUGAUGAAGUUCAAAUCGCUAUUUCGCAGAGGACAGCCGAGCCAUCCGCCUCAGCAGCAGCCCCAACAGCAGCAACAGCAACAAGCUCAGGUUGGCUUGAGGCAGGCAUCGAGCGCUUCGUCGCUCGAAGCUAAAUCCGAUAGUCUGCCACCUGCCUCGGGAACUUAUCAUCCCUCUGGCAAGGCUGCAGCCAAGGCCAACGCCAAGGGUCACGCUAAAGCUCCCUCCAAGAGUUCCGCCAGGAUGCAGGAGCUCGAACAGGAGCUUGAAUUGUUGCGCAAGGAACGUGCCAGACUCGAGGCAAAUUUGCGAGAAACUGCGACCGACGUCGAGCGUCUCGACGAGCUUCGUAAGGAGCUCACUUCGCUGAAGGAACAGCAUAACGUGGAGUUGGAACGUCUCGCUGAGGAAAACGACACGUUGCGUGCUCGUCUUCGAGAUGUGGCACAUUCUCCUCUGUCGGAUUCCGAGAAGCAGCAACUACUACUUGAUGCAUCAAGACUUCAUAAUUCUGCACCUGCUUCUAUUGCAAUACCACAGGAAGAUGGAUCUAUGGCAAUUUCAAACACAGCCCUGGAUAGUCCACAAUGCACAACACCGGAUUGGGAUAAAAGAUCUUCUAGCUCUGUCUCUGAGGUUUCUGUUGCCUGUCUACAAGACAGGAUUUUACAGAUGGAAGAAACACAUUAUUCUACCAACGAAGAGUUACAAGCAACUAUUCAGGAACUCAGUGAUUUGCAGGCACAAUUAACUGAGCUUCAAGCAGAUAACGAGAGGCUGACAGAAGAGAAAGGUGUGUUGUUAGAGUCGCUAUGCAGACAAACAGAGAAAUUAGAAGAUUCUCGAUCAAAGGUGGAUACACUGCAAGGACUUCUUUUACGCGAAGAGCAACCACAAGAAUCACCACAAGGUUACAAUACAGAAAGAGAACAGAAACUUGUGGAUCUGCUUAAGAGUGCGCAAGAGGAACGCGAAUCUUUACUUUCGAAGCAAGAGGAACUUACUUCAGAACUAAAAAGUUUGCGCGCUACAGCAGAUGCUAGUGCAACAGAGACUGAACGACUAACCAAACGAGUGCAUCUUCUGGAAUCGACAGUGGAUGCCGCCAACGUGGAACGUAAACAGCUGGACCAGGAAUUAGCCGAAGCAAGACAAGAAGGUGCGAGUCGUAGCAUCGAGAUCAGUAGGCUGGCCACUCUUCUAGAAAAUGCUCGCGCCAAAAUCGAGGAACUCGAACAGUCCAGACAGCUGGAGAGCAAGAGCGAAGCCGACGAACUCCUGGACGCUGCACGACGUGAAAAGGAUACUCUUGAGACACAAGCAGCGGCACUUCAGGAACAGCUAGCACGUUCGCACUGUGAUCACGAUCGUCUUCGAGACCAAUAUUCACAGCUACAGGAAGAGUACAAGGUGGCUCGAAAUAACGCUAAGUCUGCGAUCGAUGAUCUCGAGUACCGGCUGAAUCAACUGAAGGAAGAGCGAAUUUCUGUUAACUCGGAACUACAGCUUGUGCGAGAUUCUCUGGCGGAGUUGCAGGCUCAGUGCCAACGGCAUCUAGAGGACAAGCGUGAACUCAAGGCCGCCCUGAGCGAAGCGCAGAGGCGAGAACGCGAUGCUCAGGCUCAUAAUUAUGAACUAGAUCGUGCCUUAGCCGAGGAGCGUAAAUUGCGCCAGGAGGAGAGCACCGAGUGGAAGCAAUUCCAGACUGAUCUUUUAAUGACCGUCAGGGUCGCCAAUGACUUCAAGACUGAAGCACAGAGUGAGUUGGAACGCGUCGUUAUGGAGAAUAAGGCCCAAAGAGACAAACUCAGGGCUCUUGAGGCUCAACUCGACAAACUAAACAAAGAGAGCAACACGAGCUCCACUGAUAGGUCGUUCGACAAGAUCAAUACGUCUGACAGAAUAUCGACAAACGGAACAUUGAAGCGCGGUCGUAGAAUUUUGAAAACACGACCCGAGCCCAAGAAAAUAUUUUCGGAAGCAAAUUUAUCCGAUUCUAUUGAACGAGUUUUGUAUGGUGAAGACAUGUAUAGUAAAGUGAGAAAAACAUAUCCAGUUCCGACAACUAAGAGUCUCGAUUUGAACCUUUCAAUCAAAAAAGAAGAAAUCAGUGAACCACCAAUCCUGAAGGAGGCUGUACAAAUCGCUGAUAAAUUAGAGUCCGGCAGGGAAGUCGAAUUUUCUCCAUUCUUUAUCGUGGACUCGAUAACCAAUUCGGAUGCUGGGACGAUUUCCGAUUCUUUGACUUCACAAACUUAUCCUAUGCCAAGUUCAAAGUACGACGAAAUCAAGAUGUACGCGAAGAUGAAGAAAGAAAUUUUACAAACACCUAUAUCACUGGAGAAUGAGAAUACUUUCGAAAAAUCCACGGACUCUAAGAAUGCAAAUUUGGAAAGCGACAUGCAGGAGAAUUAUCCAAAAUUGUAUACACCAGUUACUUCUUGUUCUAAGAUGCCGAAUGUUGUUGAAAAUCCAAUUUUGAAGGACAUUACGGCAAUUCAAAAUACUGGAAAGGAUUCCUAUGGCAUCAACAUAUCAAACAGCCAUUUUUUUGUGCCAAAGAAUUACGUCUUUUCGGAUAGUAGCUAUGCCAUGAAUGAUCUGCAAUUUGAGGUCGAUCCAGGCAUGAACAAGUUACUCAAGGAGAGUCGAGGAUUUGAUGGCAAAAUUAAUAACAGCGUUUCACUACCAGAUUUAAUUGCCAAACAAAAUUUUGAAAGCGAGGAACCAUUAGAAUACAAUGAACCUUUAUAUGCCGAAAUAAUUGGAUACAGUCCUGAAAAUAGUUUGAACAUCGAUAAAAGCAGUUCAUUUGGCGACAGUGUAUAUAGUACCAUCCCAGAAAUUCCACCUUCAAUACCAAAAAGACCUUUGGUAAUUAACAAAAUAGAAAAAACUGAAAUAAAGAAAGACAAGAGACUAUUUCUAAAGAAAAAAGAGUCAAGACCAAGCAGCGAAAUCGUCGAUUCACUUCUUGAUGAUUUGACUUACCGAUCAAUUCCUAGGGCACCUAGAAAAGAUAAUGAUUGGUCACGAUCCUCUAGUUCACUGGAGGACCUGAGAACAUACAAUAAAUAUAGCGCAAACAAAGAACCCGGUAAUUCUCUCAAGUUCAACGAUAAGAUACAACCAGGAAGCGCACGGAAUUCAAAUUACACUGAAGUAACUUCAACUCCUAAGGCAUCUAAAAGCUCGAUUGUUGAAGGUAAAAAGUCUGAGAAUAAAUUCGAUAAGAUUAUUAAUGACAUUGAAGUGGUGACUGCUACGCCAAUAAUGAUUACCGAUUCAGACAGUGCAGAAGAUCGUUCGAAUUCGCAGAAGAUCAAAAUGGAUCCGAAAUCUAAAGAACCCAUCAAAGAGAUUUCUAUCCAGAAUCCAAAUCCAGAUUUAAUAAUGGAGCCAAAAAUGUUCUCGCUAAAAAGACCAGUACGCACUGUAGAUCCUGUACCGUUACCUAGAAAAUCUUUGACUCCGCCACCGGAAGUUAGUCCAAAGAAAUUGAUAUCACAAAAGCGUUUCACAGUGAGCGUGGUCCCGGAAUCGGAAAUACCACAACCAAUGAAGGUAACGAUUCGAGAAAGUCCAAGUUCCACGUUAGAAAGACGUAAUUCUUACCCAUCAUUCGUUUCAUCUGAAACGAACAAGGAAUUAUCUGCGGAUGACCUAGACGGUAGAAAUUCCAUGCCUUCCUUGAACGGUGAUUCCCAAUCUCCUCAAUCAAUGUCAUCGACUGCUCAAUCACAUACGUCCUCGUUCGUAGCAUCAAGUGGAAAGCGAGUCGACUCCAAGGAAGGAAUAUACGGAAAGCUGCGUCACAAGUCCGUAGCAGACGUUCAAAAGAAAUUCGAGGAAUUGUCAAAGAGUCGCGACAGCACUUUAACGGCCAAUAGAAAUUCGUCAUCGUCGCCUAACAAACUGUCGACUAAGGAGUCAAGUUUUGCUGCGUCGUCCGACCAAUUAAUUCAGCACGAGUUUCGCAAGCCGACCGACAGCGAUUCGAACGAAGCAAAACGCAACAGGUUCCUGAGGGAGUCGAGUGUCCAGGAAGAUUCUGUGGUCUUGCGUCACAAGAAAUCCAGGAGUUUUGACAGUGCACAGUGUACCUCCUCGAAAUCUUCAUCAUCGAAGAAUCCACGAGAGUUUGGAAAGGUUCGACCAAGUUCCUUCGACGAUAUCGAACCGGUUGUUGUCAUUGAGUCUUACGUAUCUGAAAACCAGGAGAAAGACUCAGAAAUCCUGCUGGACAAGAAGCGCAACUCCUUUAACGAGCGCCACUCUUCGCUGAGACGAAGAUUCGAGACGAUCCUGGAAGACGUGGAAUCGCGACCUGAUCGAGGUCUACGAGGACGCUCCACGUCGGUCAGAUUGCCUAGCGACCCUAAUCAGAAGAGCACAAUGCCACCACCAGCACCAAGACCGGCCAGUACGCCGACGGAAACGCAGCAGAGUGUCCUUACCAGUGUCCAGCAGGAAAUGGCGGCCCGACGUAAGGCAAAUAUUUCACGUCAGGAUUCAAGACUCUCUGUCAAGUGUCUAAUUGAGAGCAUUGAGAAUGCUACCAAACAGGCUAAAGCUGAGGGUCUGAUUCUUUGUCCAGGUCCAGGAAGUCGCAGUAGCUCCACGUCCUCGUUGAACUCAAUUGGUACAAACGACAUUAUAUCACUCAAGGCACCACUCAGGGAUCAACAGCAGACUAACAAUCUGAUCUGUACGAGCAAUCCUACGAAUAACAACAAGACCCAGUCGUCGAACACCAGGAAGCCGCUGUCGGAGACGAAGUCGGUUCCCGUGGUACUGAGUCCUGGCGAACUACUGGAUUCGGCGACACUCAACGCCAAAGCUAUCGACUUCGUGAGACGCAACAGCGUGACAGAUCUCUCCGAGCGUAAGGAUCCUCUCUGCGGUCUAGUGAAGAACGGCGGCUCCAAGAGGAACGCCCUCCUCAAGUGGUGUCAGAACAAGACAACCGGCUACAGGAAUAUCGAUAUCACCAACUUCAGUAGCUCCUGGAACGACGGUUUGGCACUUUGCGCCAUUCUUCAUUCGUAUCUGCCGGAUAAGGUACCCUAUGACUCCCUGACACCUACCGAGAAGCGCAGGAACUUCUCAAUCGCCUUUUCCGCGGCUGAAAGCGUCGGAAUACCCACUACUCUGAAUAUCGGCGAUAUGUGCCAACUCGAGCGACCUGAUUGGCAGCAAGUCAUGACCUACGUAACGAGCAUCUACAAGCACUUCGAGACCUAACCUAAUCUCUCAAGUUCCGGUGAGUCGGCGUCGUCGCCGUCAUCGAUUGAGCCAAGGAGAACACGACCCGCCGAAAUCCAUUUUCCUUAACCCGCUCCCAUCCCACCCUCUUCUCGAAUUAAUGCAAGCAAAAACAAGGCAUCUAGUCAACCGAACUUUGCGGAGGAUAGGAGUUUUUUUCUCUUUCCUUUCUUUAUAAUACCAAGAGGAUGGCGAGGACUCGAAUUUCCUCCAAGUGAAUAACCGAAGAACUCCAUAGCCUGUGCUGGCUGGGAGGGGCAUUUCAUCAUGUUGUUUUUUCUUCCUCGUUUCUCAAUCCCUCCUUAGUUUUCCCUUAUCCGCCUCAGUUUUUUUUUUCUUUUUCUAUUCUUCUCUGUACAUAUAACUACUAAGAAGUCUGAGACUUUCAGCGAUACGAAGGAGAGAAAUACGUCGAAAGGAAUUGCUUUUCUAAUGAGACUGAACACACACCUACAUACACAGCUACGAGUAACUUGUAUACAGAACACGUACAUAAAUACACGCAGGCAUAUGCUAUACAAA